AUGGCCACUGGGUUGUUCGCCUCGUUGCCGAAACCAAAGUACACCGGCGAAUACGAACAAGUUCCUCUCCAUGCUCAACCAAAAGGACCUCGAAUUGUGGGCGCUGGAGCCGUUAAUGAGUCGCAGAUUGUGCUGAAGAGGACAGGACCUCCUGCUUAUGGACAACGAUCGGGAUGGAGACCACGAAGCGCAGAAGACUUUGGAGAUGGAGGAGCCUUUCCCGAAAUACCUGUUGCCCAAUAUCCGCUUGAUAUGGGAAGGAAAGGCAAAGCGUCAGCCUCGAAUGCCUUGACACUACAAGUUGACGCAGAAGGGAGGGUAAAAUAUGAUGCGAUCGCACGGCAGGGUCACAACGAGGGAAGAAUUAUACAUAGCAAUUUCAAAGACUUGAUACCAUUGCGACAGCAGGCAAAUGCUGGGGACCUUAGUCUAGAUCGACCAUCGCAAGACGAAGUGGUCGAGUCAACGGAGAAAACCAAGGCUGCACUAGAGAAGAUCAUAUCGGGUGCUGUGGCGGCUCAGAAACCUAAGAAUGUCAAGGGUCGCAACCAGGAGGAACCUACCUACGUACGAUAUACACCUGCGAACCAGAUGGGAGAUACCUCGAAGAAGAACGAUCGUAUCUUCAAGAUAAUGCCAAAACAACAAGAUCCCAUGGAACCCCCGAAAUUCAAGCACAAGAAAAUUCCUCGAGGGCCUCCUUCACCUCCACCACCCGUCAUGCACUCUCCGCCUCGAAAGGCAACUGCGGAGGAUCAAGAAGCAUGGAAGAUACCUCCAGCUAUUUCGAAUUGGAAGAACCCAAAGGGCUAUACCGUACCUUUAGACAAGAGAUUAGCUGCUGAUGGCCGAGAAGCACUAUUCACUGCUGAUCGACAUGCUCGUGAGGAGGUCAACAUGAGAUCAAGAAUGCAACAGAAACUGGCCGAGAAGGAAAAGCUCGCGAAAGAGGAGCAUCUAAGAGGCAUGGCUAGAAAGGCCAGAGACGAAAGAGCUGCCGCUACAGCUUCAAGCAGCAAGCGUCGCUCAAGGUCACGCUCAUUUUCAGGCUCAUAUUCUUCGCGAAGUGAAAGCGAUUAUGAUUCGGAGGACGAGCGAGCUCAUCAGAGAGCCGAGGCUCGAAAAGAAAGACGUGAAGAAGAUCAGCGCCAGCUGCGACAGUCGAGGAUGGGAACUGAAAAGCGCCUGCAGACCAUGGCAAGAGAACAAAACCGAGACAUCUCCGAAAAGGUCGCUCUGGGUUUGGCAAAGCCCACGUCUGCCAACGAGACAAUGUACGAUUCAAGAUUGUUCAACCAGACGUCCGGCUUUGCCUCUGGGUUCAACGAAGACCAGGCUUAUGAUAAACCUCUGUUCGCAGCACAAGAUGCUAUUCAUUCGAUAUACAGGCCCUCAGCUGGUGCCGCUGAAGAGGACGAAGGAGGCGCAGACGAGGCCAUGGAGAAGAUACAGAAAAGUAACAGGUUCGAAGCACUAGGCAAAGCCAAGCAAGGCUUCAAGGGCGCUGAUUUGGUGGGUGAAAGAGAAGCCGGACCUGUUCAGUUUGAGAAGGACAAGGACGAUCCUUUCGGUAUUGACAGUUUGAUUGGUGAAGCAAAAAAUAAACACGGCGAAGAGAAGAAGAAAAAUUAUGGAUUGGAAAGGGCAGAGGACAGGGAGGAAGAGGACAAUCGAAGGAAACGACGACGAGUCGAUGAGGACGACUAA